GAUAAUGGAAUUCGAUUCUGUUUAUGUUCUUAUUUUUUGGUGGUUGGGAAGAAUGGAGAAGUCUGGAUAUCAUGAUCAGGCUUUGGGUGUCUUUCUUCUUCGCUGACAUUGUUGGGAUUGUUUAGGGUUUAGGGUUUAAAGAAUAUCAUGGAUAUGAUGUUUGGUAAUCUUUGCCUGUAUUGACGACGACAUCUGCAAUCUUUCUGCAUUGUCGGACUUUGAUAAUGGAAUCCGAUUCUGUUUAUGUUGUUAUUUUUUGGUGGUUGGGAAGAAUGGAGAAGUCUGGAUAUCAUGAUCAGGCUUUGGGUGUCUUUCUUCUUCGCUGACAUUGUUGGGUUGGGAUUGUUUAGUAACUUGUUGAACACAUGUGUUGUGUGUAGACUGUAAAGAAAUGGCAGCAGUAAAGGCACCGAGGCGUAUUUUAGAGCGGCGAGCGGUUGGACCUCUACCGAAGAGAGACAUAUGUAAAUAUUGGCUUGCUGGACGGUGCAAUAGGAACCCAUGUAGGUUCUUGCACGAGGCAAUGCCAUCAUCACAAAUCUCAGAACAUAAACAGUCACGACAUCAUCGACUACAGGGGAAUCAAUCUUUGUCUAAAUCAAAAACCUGGCGAAGAGAAGCAGACAGUUCUACUGGGACAUGUUCAACACAGCCUCCAAGAAAAACUGAUACUUGUCACAACAACAAGAGUAUAUGUAAAUCCUCUAAUACAGUUUGCAAGUAUUGGAUUGAUGAAAACUGUGUACACGGUGACAAGUGUGAGUUCUUGCACUCAUGGUCAUGUGGCAAGGGAUUUUCAUUGGUUACGAAGCUUGGAGGACAUAAGAAUGCCAUUACUGGGAUUUCUCUUCCCUCUAGUUUGAAUAAGCUUGUUACUGUUGGUAAAGAUAAGGCUAUGAGGAUUUGGGACUGUAAUAAUGGACAGUGUCUUAGUGUGGAGAACUUUGAGAGUGAAGUUAGUUGUCUGACUGCUGAGGGUUCAUUCGUAUUUGCUGGCAUACAAAAUACUAUUAAGGGAUGGAACACUCUGGAUCAGACAAGCAUCAACCUUUCUUGUUCAUCAGAUAAAAUCAAUGUCGUGACUGUAGAAGGUGACAAGAUUUUUGCUGGGACCGAGGAUGAUGGGUCUAUAUUGGUUUGGAAAUCUAAUGCUUCUGGUUAUCCCGAGAUUGCUCAACCCUUAAGGGGACAUAAAAGUGGUGUUGUAUGUCUAAGAGUUGGAGUAAAAGGAAGUAGAAUGUUCUCUGGUUCAAGAGAUAAUACUAUAAGAGUUUGGGAUCUUGAUACAAUGGAGUGCGUCGAGACUCUAUAUGGACACACAAGUGCAGUUAUGUCAUUGAUUUGCUGGGAAACCUAUUUACUGUCUGGUUCAAUGGAUGGAACAAUUAAGGUUUGGGCUUGUAAAGAAAGUGGGCAUAUUGAAGUAAUUCAUACACAAGAAGAGGGACAUGGUGUUAUAGCUCUUGGUGGCAUUCACGAUGAAGAAGAUAAGGCGAUUCUUUUGGUUUCUUGUGAUGAUAGUUGUGUUCGUUUAUACGAUUUGCCUUCGUUUGAAGAGAGGGGCAGAUUGUUUGCGAAGAAGGAAGUUUGUGCUAUUGAAGUGCUGGGUUCCGAGGGUAUUUUCGUCACUGGAGAUGCGACGGGGCAGUUAGCUGUAUGGAAAUUAGAUGGAAAGCCUUCUUCUCUUCGAUGAUUUCUUAUCAAAUAAGUUUGAAUAGGAAAUGUAAUAUAAAUACUUUUAUAUGAAGAAUGUCAAAUUAGAUGUUUGUUAUUCUGUUUUUGGUAGAUCUUUGAUUCAAGGAUCGAAUAUGAGUUUAUAUAUAUUUUAUUGAUUUUUUGAAAAUAUGAGUUUAUAUAUAUUUGAUUGAUUA